AUGCACCAGUUCUAUAUCGACUGCUUGCGUGAGGAGUGCAAGUAUGCGACCCUUGUAGACCUCCUUAGCACCAUCAACGUCGGCCAGGCUAUCGUCUUCUGCAACACCGCGGCCACGGCCACCCGGCUCGCCGAGCAGCUGCGGGCCAGAGACCACUUCUCGGCCAGCGCCGUCCACGGGCUGACCGACGCCAGCGAGGCCCGCGCCGCGCUGGAACGGUUCGGGCUCUGCGUCACCCGUGUGCUGGUCAUCACCGAUGGCGUGGCCGCUGACAUGCCCACAUGGGCCGGCGCGCUCAUCAUCAACUACGACCUGCCAGACCACCUGGACGACUACGUGGCACGCGCACGGAUCGGCCGCCGGGGCAAGUACACGCGGCAGGGCGUGGCCAUCAGCUUGGUCACGGAGGUUCGCGAGCUGGCGGAGUACUACAAAGUGGUAAUCCCACCCCUCCCAGCGGACACCGAGGUGGCUCGCCCCUCCUGCAAACGAACCAAAUAA